UACUUAUAAAACUCAACAGAUAUCACGCAAUAUCAUUGAAUGUUUGAAUCUCUUCCAAUCCAGAACAUUAGUUUAUCCCAAAAUGAGGUUUUUAAUUGGGGAAAAAGACGCUCUGCACUAUAUCGACCCUUCGGAACUUUUAAGACCGGAAGUAACAUUCGCCAAAAAGAAUUUGAGUCACUUUCGUGACUACACCGAGGACAAAGAUGAUCCCUUGAAGGAACGUGUGAAGCAGACCUAUAAAUUAAUGCACACACAUCAAACAGUGGAUUUCGUUAAUGAAAAAACCCAAAAAUGGUGCCAAUUCAAUCACUUCAAAGCGACGAUCAAAGAGGCCCUUUUGAGAUUGAACGAUUUGGUGGACGAAAGUGAUCCCGAUGUGGACAUACCGAAUAUCGUCCAUGCCUUUCAAACUGCCGAAAGGAUAAGGAAGGAUUACCCGGAUCUCGAAUGGUUCCAUUUGACCGGGUUGAUACACGACGUUGGAAAGGUCCUCGUGUUUUUCAACGAGCCUCAGUGGGCCGUGGUCGGGGACACUUUCGUAGUGGGUUGCGAUUGGAGCGAGAACAUCGUCUAUAGGCAUUCGUCUUUCGUGGAUAACAAGGAUGGAAAAGACCCCAGAUACAACACGAAGUACGGAGUGUACGAACCCAACUGCGGACUGGACAACCUGAAGUUAUCGUGGGGCCACGACGAGUACCUAUACAGGGUGUUGGUGCACAACAAGUCCACACUUCCCCAAGAAGCCCUGAGGAUCAUCAGGUAUCACAGUUUCUACCCGUGGCACUCUAGCGGGGACUAUCAACACUUGAUGAAAGAAGGGGACGAAGAGACCAAAAAAUGGAUCUUGAGUUUCAAUAAAUACGAUCUGUACACGAAGAGUGCUGAAGUUCCGGAUAUAGAGAAAUUGUGGCCUUAUUACGAAUCUCUGAUCGACAAAUACAUUCCGGGGGUUCUAGAAUGGUGAUCUGGUGGUUUUCCUUCAAUGAAACCGCCUUGAGAUUGAUUUUUUAUUCGCUAUAAGUGAUGGUUGUUUUCACAAUACGUCUGUGGUAAAAUAUGCUAUAUUCUUCGUUUAAUUCAUGUUUAAGAUGUUCUAGCGAUAAUUCCAGCUAAUAUUCUAAUGAAAUGUAUGUUUUUUAGUUCUAGAUGAAAAAAACAAAAUCAUGAAAAAUUGUAUGUCAGGAGAAUCUAUUUAAGGAAAUAUUUUUGUAUUUAUAAAUAAAGAAAGAAUUCGGAUAACUGAUAA